CCGGGUUGCACGUGGCAGUGUUUGUGUACGUGCGGCGGCUGCUUGCCAGGGGGAAGUCCCGGCAGCUAAGGAUUCAACUGCUGGGGCGCGGCCAAAUCUGGGGUGCGGCGGCUUGGGGCCGGCCCGCUAGCCCCGGCGGUCUUUAAAUUUUCCUGCACUGGGGCGAGCCUGUGGAUGCUUACCUGCCAGUCUGCAGUGGGCGUCCCAGCUCUCUGCGCUUCCAGGGACUCCUCUCCCCUGCGGUAGGCGAGAAAUGCUGUUGCUUGACUGUAACCCGGAGGUGGACAGUCUGAAGCAUUUGCUGGAGACGGGGGCUUCGGUCAACGCACCCCCAGAUCCUUGUGAGCAGUCACCUGUCCACUUCGCCGCAGGUGGCGGCUUUGCUCACUUUCUUCUCUGGCAGCUGCAAACCGGCGCUGACCUCAACCAACAGGAUGUUUUGGGAGAAGCUCCGCUACACAAGGCUGCCAGAGUCGGAAGCCUGGAAUGCCUUAGCCUGCUUGUAGCCAAUGAUGCCCAAAUUGAUUUAUGUAACAAAAAUGGGCAAACAGCUGAAGAUCUUGCUUGGUCAUGUGGAUUUCUGGAAUGUGCCAAAUUUCUUACAACAAUUAAAUCUAUGCAGACAAUAAAAUCAAAUGAACAACCCAACAAGGAUCAUUGUGUUCCAGUACUCAGACAAAAACGAAGGUUUGGAAACGUGGAAUGUACAAAUGGGAAAAGGAAGUGUUGAUGUCAUGGUGGCUAUGAAGUUUGAGGAUGGCCUUCAUUCGUGCUGGUCUACAAGCUGUGGCUUCUGGUUUACCAUAUACAUCUCAACUCCAUUUAAGGAGAAGGAAAACUUUCUCUUCCAAGUGAAGAUAGCAUUUAGGAAUACAUGUAUUUACAUGUCCAUCAUAUUUUGUUGUGUAUGCU